UCCGCCCGUGCGUAUAAUCCGGCUUUAUAGUGCAACUUUGGUUCAAUAAUCGGAAAAUUCACCCAAAUUACCAUGUCAUCCUAUCAUCUAAGCACUAAGGAGCGCCUGCUGGCCAUCGUGGACGACAUCGAAAUCAUUGCAAAAGAAUUGAUCGAGAACACGAUAGCUCCGAAACAUCAGAAAAUAUCCAGUGUUGAUCAUGGGCAGCUGGUGGAACUGCUCGUAACCAAGGAUAAGGAACUGAAGUCAACGCUGCAGCUGGCAGCCGAACAGGCAGGCAUCGAGAAAAAGAUGGAUGGACUGAGGGAACAGGUCAAGGAGCAGGACGAGGAAAUCAAUCAGCUGCAGAAGCAGCUGAAGGAAGCCGAACACAUUCUGGCGACGUCGAUCUUCCAGGCACGGCAGAAGUUGACCAGUAUUAACAAAGCCGUCAAGCGGCCGGUAUCGUCGGAGGAAUUGAUCAAGUUUGCCCACCGGAUCAGUGCAUCGAAUGCGAUCUGUGCACCGCUAACGUGGCAACAGGGUGAUCUGCGGAGGCCCUACCCGACGGACAUUGAGAUGCGGUUAGGUUUCCUGGGCAAGUCGGAUCUGAACAUCAAUGGGCACAACCUACAGAACCAGAACAGUCUGAACGAGUUACACCGGAACACGACAGCGGUCGGCGGUGGUGCCGCGGGAGCCGGAGGUGGAGUGGCAGAAAUCCCAGCGUCGGCUCAGAAUCAGUUUGCCUGGCACCCGUCCGGGGAACUGCACAUGACGAUGGGAUCCGGAGCGGGGUCGGUUCCACUGGACACCCGGGCGCACAAGGACGCCUCGCAGGACGACGUGGAGGUGAUGUCCACGGACAGUUCCAGCUCCAGCUCGAGCGAUUCGCAGUGAUUUGGGGUUCCCGGUAUGGUAAGUAUUUUCGUUUUAAGAUUA